AAAAAAUUAUACACCUUGACUACUGAGUGUAUCCAUUGAUUGACAUUUCCGUAUUCAUAACGAAUAUGGUGGGAUGCGACUUGUAAAAUGGGUACAGUCUUGAUUCGAUUUCUGAACGCUACAGUAUACCUUACGUAAUAGACAUCUUUAGUUAACGUAACAGUCAAUUAUGGAACUGGUUCGUCACACCGUUGCUGUAGUGAUUGUUUACCUGUGUCUUCUGACGCUGACAUGUCCAGCUAGUGGAAAUGCUCUUACCCUGGAGGAGGAAUUGCAAGAACUGACUGAGAAUUACGUUCGGUUCAAGGAAGCUGUACAGGCAAAAAAUGUUCAGUUGGAGGAAACGGUCAGAAAACUAGAGGACCAGCUGCAACAAAACAAUGAAAUCAAGAAAGAUUUGGAAUCAGAGUUGAUUCGUUUGGAAUCCAAAUUACAACAACAGGGGUCACGUUUAGCUGCCAUAAACCCAUCGAUGUUAACAAAAGAUUACAAUAAAUCUGUUUCGAAUUCCGAUACGCAACCAGUGGGUGUCCUCGAUGAAAUGGCAACGUCAUGUGCGGAUCUACGACAGGCGGGAUAUAAUUCGAGUGGAUUCUAUUUGUUGGUGAGAAAUGCAACAGUGGAAAACGUCUACUGCAACUUUACAAAAGUCUCCGACAGUUUAGGUUUUCGGCAGUGCGGUGAAUAUGGUAAUCUGAAAUCAUCGCCCGUCUAUUUUUACGUACAAAGAAACAACCUCUUCAGCAAAGAGUCCACUCCAAUUUCAUUUGAUCUUGAAAUAAUCAAUGUUGGAGAAGCGAUGAAUGGAUCGUCUGGAAAGUUCACGGCACCUCAAAUGGGAACUUAUUCCUUCAUCUUCAAUGGAUUGGCCAAGUUUUCAGUAUCCUCUACUCCACUUCGUUUGGGGUUAAAUCUUCAAUUGAAUGGCUCUGGGUUGACAACAGGACAAGUCGAAGUGGGAGACCAUGUCAUCGUCAGUGAUAAGCUUAUCUUUUUUGCCCUCCAAGCAACGCUAAAACUCAAAUCGGGGGAUCAAGUUUGGCUUGAAAUUUUCUCUCUGUCACCAGGAGUGUCUCUGUAUAAUGACGGUACCCAUUUUACCUGCUUCAGUGGUUCGCUAUUGCAAUAAUCAACUGAAACUCCGUGAAACUCAUGGUAAUUGCUUUGAACAUCUAAAGUAAACGUAUUAACUAGAGAGAAAUAGACUGGUACAACGACUUACCGAUGACCUAACAACGCUCCUUUUUUCUAACGCAGCGAUUACGGGAAACAAAUUUGUAAAUACUGGAAAAUAACUCAUGUAAUUGAAUUUCUGCGUCGACGAUGAGACCAUUCAUUCACAACCCAGUUUUAGGAGUGUAACUCAAGGACGAGCUAAACGAUCUGUAAUAAUCAGUCUAUUCAUAGCAUUGCUAGGACGAUCGUGCCGCGCAUGCGAGAAAAGAUGAAAAGGAUGUUAUUCCGGCUGACUGGCGUGAAUAUAGCUAUAUUCGCGGUGCGGAUACACCUUGUCUUAGUUCGUGCAUUACCAUGGAGGACUUGGCACCCGAGGAGAACGUUACAUCGUUACGGCAAAACAUUUCUUUUGAUUUCCCCAUAAUGGGACAGAACAUUACUUACGGCCAAGAAGUGUUCCGUAAAUCCGUCGUCAUCGUCGGCGUGCUUUUGAAUUGCCUCGUUUUCUUUGUGGUGAGUUUUUCGCGACAGUUGCGCUAUCCGCGUCAUACUUUUUGGGCUGUUAUUGCUUUCUUCGAAUGUGUCUUUUUGGUCAAAUGCGCACUCGAACUGGCCGUCGUUGUGCAUCACGAUCAUUUGGCGUGUCAAAUUUUAGUUCUUCUGGCACCUGUCGACUACUCAAUCCUGUUGCUUUGCCUUUCAUUGGCUGCACUCGAUCGUUAUUUGGCAAUCGUCCGCUACGAAUGGUACAAGUCCAGCGUGAGCAAUCGAGGAGUCAUCGUUUUGAUUUCUCUAUUGUCCAUAUUGACUUUUAUCGUAAUAACGAGUCCGUUCUGGACUGGCUAUUUUUCCAUUUAUACCUGUACGAACAAUUUGACCCACAUGCAUUGGAUCCUCAUUUGGGACUUGUUUUUGGGCACUGCUGGCGUCAUCCUGCACCUCAUGAUUUUCAUGGAAUCCAAGGCUCUUAUUCAACAGUACUUGCUAAAUCGCCAUCAGGAACCGAUUACCGUCAGAUUCGUCAACUCGGUGGCCCUUCAACACAAUUCUCUUCCUGGAAGAGGAGCAGAACCAUCGCCAUCAGCUGACAGGAUUUUCUUCAAUUUUCCAAAAAAUUCUACUUUGGCUGACAAUGAACAUUCCCGCCAACGUCUCCCUGCUCAUCAACUACCGUCUUCCAUUGAAAACCUUGACAAUGAAUGUUUCCCUUGGAUGUAUCAAGCAGGAUCAAAACUUAAUCGACUUGAAAUCCGCGCCGCCCUCAACAUGUCCGUCAACAUCUUGCCGUUUUGGUUGUGUACAUUUCCGGUUUCAUGUAGUGUUGUAGUCCUGUAUUGGUGCAUCCGGCUCGAGGGCGAGUGUGGUAGCAUUUUGCUUCCAUGGCCUUACUUGUGGAAUCUCUUCCUACUCCAUAGCAUCUAUAAUCCGGUUAUGUACAUGGCCACCAGUUCCGAAUUCUGGCGGGCUCUCGUUCACAUAACGAACAAAGUUGCGAUCGCGUUUCAUGUUAAGCUGGCAAGUGGAAUUUGAACGCGUUACCUCCUGGCCAUCUUUCCAAAAGAACGUCAGCUGACGAUUUAUUUUCACGCUUGUUUGUAAAUGUAUCUAGCUGAUAUCGCCCGACUAUUACUGUAACAUUUUCUAAGUUGGGUCGAUAAUCCGGAUCAUUCGGUCUCUUGUCGUGGAAUUCUAAAUAUGAAUGCAUAGUGUCUACUUUUAUCUGGAAGUAUUGUCGCGACUGUUUUACCGGUACGUUUGUAAUAUUUUUGUAUGGAUCACUGAAUUUGACCUAAGAAUCUAGUUCUGAUGACGCUGUUUAGAAGAAGGCCCCGAGAUAAAAGAAUGAUUCCUACUUUAACCUGGUUUUUCAUAGAAAUUUAAAUCCCUCUUUUGGGUUUUCAUUGCAAAAAAAAAAAUUUAAGGUACCCAAUCACCAGUUUUCUAGUUCAUUUUGUGUUAUUUUUUUUUUAUAUUUUCCACUGUGGCACCCACUGCAUAUUAUUUUUUAACAUCAAUGUCGCCCAUUAUGUCAAAUUGUACAAUUAUUGGUCUAAAUAAAGAUUGCGGAAGUUUCCUGAUAGGGAUUCUUGCAAA